GAAAUACGGUCUCCAUAUUCACUAUGUCUGACUUUUUCCGAGAAAAAAAAAACAAAAACCAGACGAUUGUCUAUAUGUAAAUCAAAAUAACGGAAAAGGAUACAACAAAAUGAGUUCAACCACUAUUUCGAAAAAUAGAAAAUACGAAUGAAGUGUGAAAUUAUGCUUGGUGGGAGAAAAAAGAAGGGAGCCAAAUUGGAUAAAUGAAGAAAUUCUUAGUAAAAAGUCGUUACCAUACAAGUUCUUACAGUCCCGUUAUUAAAUAGAUGAGCGCGUAAAGGAUCGCGGCAUUUAAAUAGUAAAUAACUAAAGAACUCAGAUUCUUUCGACCAAUAUUACUACUAUUAUACUAUUUGGCGACUGUUCAUAACAUAAACACGUAUCGGAUAAUCGAUUUGGAUCAACACACUAAAGGAAAUGGAGACAAGUAUAGCGGAAUCGUUCGAAAAUGGGACAGUUUUUAUCACCGGAAGUACAGGGUUUUUGGGGAAAAUGCUCACAGAAAAAUUACUAAGGUCUUGUCCAGUGGACAGUAUCGCGAUUCUAGUCAGGAGUAAGAAAGGGCUAAGCGCCAGUCAACGAGUCAAGGAAAUAUACAAACAAUCUCUAUUUGACCGACUUCGAAAUGAAAAACCAGAUUUUAUGGAGUCAAUCAAAGUCAUCGAUGGACAUUUAGAAGAAUCGUCGAUGGGCUUAUCGUCGUCGGACCGAGAGUGGUUGAUAGAGAACGUGAACUUUGUCUUUCAUUGCGCGGCUACGAUUAAAUUCAACGAACCUCUUGAAUUGGCGUCGAAAAUAAACAUCCAAGGUACUGAACAUGUAAUGACAUUAGCAUCGCAAAUGAAGAAUCUCAAGGGUUUUGUGCACGUGUCAACAGCUUACUCACACUGUCCCAGAAGUGAAAUUAGAGAAGAAUUCUAUCAGGUUCCAAUCACUGCCAAAGAGCUCAAAAAUAGAUUUGUUGACAAGGAAUUGAAUACCAAUAUUUCACAGGAUUGGCCAAAUACGUACACAUUCACAAAAGCAAUCACGGAAAAUAUGAUACUUACAAACGGAAAUCAUUUGCCGAUAUCAAUAUUUCGUCCAUCAAUCAUCGGAUGUACAAAAUCUGAACCGGAACCUGGCUGGUUGGAAAACAUGAACGGGCCGACAGGUCUGGUUACCGGAGUCAUGGUUGGAUUUUUAAGGACGGUACCAAACAUCGGGAGCAAUAUAACAGACAUUAUCCCGGCCGAUUACACCGUCAACGCGUUGAUUAGCGUCAUGUGGGAUACAGUUAACAGACACAAACAGUCGAAUGGUGUAUCCUUCGAAGAGCCGAAAAUAUAUAAUUACGUUUCUUGUGUCGAAAGCCCUUUGACGUGGGGUAGGUACAUCAGAGAAAUGCACGAUCAAUAUUAUGUAGCUCCACCUUUGCAAUCGAUGUGGUACGGAUUUUAUAUUUUCUAUACGAAUUUAAUAAUCGGAAGUAUUUUGAGAUUUUUCUUACACCGAAUACCGGGCGCGUUUAUGGAUUUGAUGUUGAUUUUGUGUGGUAAAUCACCUAAAAUGUUGAGAAUGUAUAAGAAAACAGAAAACAUGAUUGAUUUACUUUAUGAUUUCGCUACAAAACAGUGGACAUUUGACAAUAGUAAUUCAAGAGAAUUGUGGUCUUCGUUAAGUAAAGAUGACCGCGAAAUGUUCCAAUUCAGCUUAGAGGACUUUGAUUGGAAAUCGUAUAUUAAAAGCUAUUAUUACGGGAUUAGGAGACAUAUACUACACGAAGACCUAAAUAACGUUGAAAAGGCGUCGUCGAAAAAUCAAAUGUUAUUAUGGUUACAUCAAGCGUGUAUGGUUCUAAUUGUUUAUAUCUUGUUGCAAUUGUGUUGGAUACUUAUAAUCUUUUUAUUCUGAUGAAUAUACGUCGGCAAUCGGUAAUUAUAUAAUAUAUACCAAAACAAAACUAACAAUUACCGAAAAUGAGGAGCUAUUAAUUAUUCGAGUCUCCUGCCGUGUAAAUUGUAAUUAUUUAUAUGUACACAUAGUAUACCAUAUAUUUUUUUUUAAUUUUAAUUUGUGUACAAAUUACUAAAUUAAUAUUUUAAAUUAAAAUAAACCAUAUAAUUAUAAUGUACUCGCCUAAUAUGGUAUAUUUGUAAUUUGUAUAUCAUAU